GCUCGCCCCGCCCCGCCCCGCCCCCUCCCCUCCUCCCGCCCCGGCGAUGGACAUCCGCCGCCCGCCGCCGCGCUCCUCCUCGGGCGGGGUGGAGCCGCGGUUCCGCCAGGUGGGCUUCGUCACCUCCGCCGAGCCCGGCCCCGCCGCCGCGUCGCCGCCGGCGUCCGACGGGCUCUCCCCCGUCAUGAUCCCGCCCCCGCUCAUCCACGACCACCUCCCCGCCCCGGCGCCCGAGCUCGAGUCCCUCAUGCCGUCCUCCCCGCCCCCGGCCUCCUCGUCACGCCUCGACGCCGGCUCGGACCUUGGCGACGACGAUGACGACGUCGACGUGUCCUGGGCUCGCCCGCGCCCGCCCCCGCCCGCGCUUCCAGAACCAAACAAGAGAGAUCUUACUGAAACAAAAAGUGAAGGCCAUCCUACUUCAGUUCCACAGAAACCAAAGCUUUCUAAAGCAGAGAGACGUGCUAUUCAGGAGGCUCAGCGUGCUGCCAAAGCUGCUGCAAAGGAGGCAGGUUCAAAAUCAACAGCCAAGGCGUCAGAUGUUAACACCAAAAUAUCAAAGCAACCGAAGGCAGGAAAGGCAGCUCUAAAGAAAGAUGUGACCCAAGUUAACCCUCCGGCUGCUUCUGAUAAAAAGACCGACGAACGCCUGCCUGACAAAGAUAGAAAAAAAGAUGUCCCUCAACCCCGUAUGCAAUUUGAUGAUGUACACCGGGUGGUGAAAGCAAAGAAGCGUUCCGUUGUCAACCAAUCAGAAGCUCGAAACAGAGUCGAACUGUUCAGGCAUCUGCCUCAAUAUGCACAUGGCACUCAGCUUCCUGAACUUGAGUCCAAGUUUUUUCAACCUGAUCUAAUGCAUCCUUCUGUGUAUAAGGUUGGACUUCAAUAUUUGUCUGACGAUAUAUCUGGUGGCAAUGCUCGUUGCAUAGCAAUGCUUCUUGCAUUCAGAGAGGCAAUAAAUGAUUACUCCACACCUGCAGAAAAAAUUCUCAGUAGAGAUCUUACUGCUAAAAUCAGUAGCUAUGUGUCAUUUCUCAUUGAGUGCAGGCCCCUCUCAAUCAGCAUGGGCAAUGCUAUUAGAUUUUUGAAGAACAGGAUUACCAAGCUACCACUUGCAUUGUCAGAGUCAGAAGCUAAAGCUAGUCUUCAAUCUGACAUUGAUCGUUUUAUAAAUGAGAAGAUAAUAGUUGCAGGCAAGGUCAUUGUUAGUCAUGCUGUCACAAAAAUCAGAGAUGAUGAUGUGCUAUUGACAUAUGGGUCACCCUCUGUUGUUGAAAUGAUUUUUGACCAUGCUCAUGAACUUGGAAAGAAAUUUCGUGUUGUGGUGGUAGAUUCUCGUCCAAACCUUGAGGGACAAGGAUUAUUGCGCCGAUUAGUUGCAAAGGGUAUCAGCUGCACAUACACACACAUAAAUGCUGUAUCAUACAUCAUGCAUGAGGUUACAAGAGUGUUUUUGGGCGCCUCUUCAGUAUUAUCAAAUGGUACUGUCUACUCCAGAGUCGGGACAUCUUCUGUUGCUAUGGUUGCACAUGCUUUUGGAGUUCCUGUUCUAAUGUGCUGUGAGGCAUACAAGUUCCACGAGAGGGUUCAACUGGAUUCUAUAUGCUUCAAUGAACUUGGUGACCCAGAUGCUAUUUCAAGAGUUCCUGGGGGUGAAAGUUUAAGUCAUCUCAAAAACUGGGCUGAGAACGAAAAUCUUCAUAUUCUGAAUCUUAAGUAUGACAUCACCCCUGCCGAUUAUGUUUCAAUGCUCAUAACAGAUUAUGGAAUGCUCCCACCUACUAGUGUACCAGUCAUUGUAAGAGAGUACCGCAGGGAGCAUGUAUGGAUAUAGAAGCCACUGUUUUCUUUUCUUCUUUAAUUUGAGGUAUGAUAAUUUUAGCAGGGUUUUGCUGCCUUAGUGGAAUGGUAGGGGGUUGAUGUGAGCAAAUGUUUAUAUUUCAUUAUAUUGCAACCAUCAAAUGGUUUGUUCUCCCCUGUAAUUGCUUUAUGUGUUGAGUUGAAACAAUAUAAAAUUUUGCACCUGCCAUUGGUACUGCAAGGAUAAACUAUUACUCUGUCCAGCACAAUCGAAGUUUGAUACCAUUCUAGUUA